CAUUAUCUACGCUUUCCGCGACACAUGCCACUGAUACAGCGAGCUUUCCCGAACGGAGGUUGAUAUUAUAUCACCCGACACGAAACGAACUUCGUGAACGCUAAGAAAACUACAAAAAUUGUCUCUAGCCGCCGACACUGGCAGCUGACACGCGAUUUGAAUUUGGAAUGUCGAAAAACAUUAUCUUUCGUUUCUGUGUAUGGCGACUCUUCUGUCAAAACAACAAGUGCUUUACUGUACUUGGUUUGAAUUUGUGUAUUUUUAAAUAAUUUUACGUUGUAAAACUAAGACAGUAUUUUAGGACAAUGCCACGGUGUUUUCUGAACUCAGUGAGACCGUUGAGGGAUAGUUUCGCGGACGAAUGCACUGAAUUAUCGAAUGAACAAUCAACACCGAGAACUGUACCGAAAAAUCUAAAACAGAAAACCAUAUUAAAACCUAGCGAAACGGUGUGCCACGAUAAAGUACCGAUACCGACCCGUUUCCACUUGCAACUCCUCAAGAAGAGCCAGUUCGUCGAUAGCUUCAUCGCGAACGAGAGCUAUGAAUACGCUCCUGACGUCGAGAAGGUGAAAUCUCCGAAGAGAGGUCCAGUUAAAAAGAGAUACAACUUGAGGUCUUCGGAGUCGACCAGGAAAAACUACGAUAUACGUGGAAAACGGAGAAAGAGAGGGAAGAAAACGCAGCCGGAACAAAUUAAGCCGGAUUUGGAGCGACAACCUGAUGCUCUCACCACCGAAGUCGUUUUGCCUGACCCCUCAAGAAAAACCAGCGGAUACCAGUCAAAGCCAAGACCUGGUGCGGAGAUAGACAAGAUAGCUGAAAAGCUGAAGAGCCUCCUCAAGAAAUCUGUCGAAGAAAGGCUCGAUCGAGAGCUCUUGACUUGUACCGAAUCAUUCGAUGUCAUUGACAUCAGCGACGACGCCAAGGAGAAUGAUCCGGUACAUCCGGAGGGGCGUCGUCAACGCGUCAUGCACAAAUGCAAGUAUUGCGGGAAAGGCUUCGACAGACCCUGGGUGCUGAAGGGUCACCUGCGUCUCCACACCGGGGAGAGACCCUUCCCGUGCCCCCAUCCGCUCUGCGGCAGAAGCUUUGCUGAUCGUUCGAACCUCCGCGCCCACCAGCGCACCCGCGGUCACCACUCGUGGCAGUGGCGCUGCUCGGAGUGUGGGAAAGCUUUCAGCCAGAGCCGCUACCUCGAGCGCCACCGAGAGGACGCUUGUCGAAAAUAUAAGCAACACUCAAGAAACGCAGCAAAAGACAGAAUCGAUCAAAACACAUUCCAGAUUCCUGUGCCUCUGUUUGGAAUUAUUCGUCCCAGUAUAUCGAAUGUAUUGCUUUCGACUAAAGUCGAUUUGGCGGACGACGAACCAAUUGAUCUGUCAUGCAAGAGAAAUGAAACAAUCUGGAACUAAUUAAUUACUUAGGUUUCCUUUUUUUUUCUUGUAUCGAAUGUUUAAAUUUUAGCAUGACAUAAUUGAAUAUAAAGUGUAUUAUUUUUAAAAGAAAAAAAAAAAAAAUAUAUAUUCUAUUUUCUGUGGGAACCUUUUGGCGGGAACGCGAGCUGUCAAGUUAAGUGAAUUAUUUAAUUUUUUUUUAAUUUAGUAAUUCUUAUGGUUUUAACGUGAUACAACGGUGGUUUAUUAACCUUUUAGCAUCUUUGCACUAAUGCCGGAAAAUUUAAAGAAAGUGGCUGGAUGUGGCUUUUUACUGAAAUCAUUUCAUUUUACUGAAACAUUAUUUUAUUUCAUCUAACCGUAUUUCGUUCAAAAUAAUUUUAAUCAAUUUCAUUCUAAUUGACUACGAUGUUAUUAGAAAUAGCUAUUGAUUUAAUUUUUCAAAUUGCAAAGUUGGUAUGAAUGCUUUAUAAUAAUUGAGGAUUUCAUAAAGCCGAGGCUGGCAACAACGCCAUGGCAAAAAGCCGAUUUCCGUGCUCAAAUAAUAGAAAAAGAAUCUUUUCUAGUCUUGGAAUUUCCUAGACUACUGCAAGUUACAUUUCAUGAGAUUAACUGAGAGGUAAAAUGUAUAAUAUAUUUAUUUGCGAAAAUAUAUUUUAGGGUAUAAAAUGUUAUUCAACUAAUUCCAAAGAAGACAAAUAAAGUUAUUAAUGCAGA